AUGACGCUCACGAAGUACGUCGUCGGCUCCUUCGCCGUCGCCGGCGGGCUCGUGUACCACGCGGUGAAGACGCGCGAGCAGUACUUCCCCGCGAUGCUGUACCUGAGCACGUCCAAGCUCUCCGUCGUCGUGCUCGGGAAUCUCGCGUUCGCGCUGACCCUCGUCCUGGGGCAUCUCCUCAAGACGAUGUUCCUGGGGACGCUUCGCGAGGCCGAGGUGGAGCGACUGUACGACCGCGUCAAAGACGCCAUCAUGGAGACGUGCCUCGCGAUGACCAUCUUCCGAGAGGAGUUCAACGUCCGGUUCGUCGUCCUGUUCACGUCGCUGCUCUUCGUCAAGAUCUUUCACUGGCUCUGCGCCGAUCGCGUCGCGUACAUCGAGACGACGCCGUCCACGACGCGCCUCUCGCAUCUCAGGGUCUGCGUCCUCAUGGUCGCGCUCGUGUCCAUCGACACCGCGUUCUUGAACCACGCGAUCGCGCACACGCUGAAGAACGGCCCGAGCGUGCUCCUCCUCUUCGGAUUCGAGUACGUAAUCUUGGCGUCUCGAGUCGCGACGACGGCGGCCAAGUACGUCGUCAACGUCGUCGACGGCUGGCUCGACGGCGCGUGGGAGAGCAAGGGCACCGUGGUGUUUUACCUCGAGCUCCUCACGGAUUUGCUGCACUUGUUCGUGUACCUCGUGUUCUUUCUGAUCAUCUUCGCGUAUUACGGUCUCCCCGUUCACCUCGUGCGGGACCUCUACGUGACGAUCAGAAAUUUCCGCAGAAGAGUGGAGGAGUUCAUUCGCUACCGGCGCGUCACCGCGAACUUGAACGAGCGGUUCCCCGACGGAUCCGCGGAGGAUCUCGCGGCGAACGACGACGCGUGCAUCAUCUGCAGAGAGGACAUGGUGUUCGGCGUCCCCGGCGCGAUGCGGCCGAAGAAGCUUCCGUGCGGGCAUCUGUUUCACCUGGGGUGUCUCAAGUCUUGGUUGGAGCGGCAGCAGGCGUGCCCGACGUGCCGCGCGCCGGUGUUACCGGAGGAU